AUGUCCUGCUACGACCUGUGCACCCCCUCUGUCUGCGGCGUCAGCCGCCCCCAGCCCCUCGCUGACAGCUGCAACGAGCCCUGUGUCCGUCAGUGCCCUGACUCCACCACCUUGAUCCAGCCACCUCCUGUCAUCGUCACCUUCCCUGGCCCCAUCCUCAGCUCCUUCCCCCAGGAUGCUAUUGUGGGAUCCUCUGGAGCACCCAACCUUGGGGGUUACGGGAGCUCCCUUGGCUAUGGGGGCUCUGGCUCCCUGGGCUACAGGGGUCUGUAUGGAUAUGGAGGCUCCUCCCUUAGUUCUGGGGGUCUGUCUGGCUACGGGGGCUCCUCCUUUGGCUAUGGAGGUCUGAAUGGAUAUGGGGGCUCCUCCUUUGGCUAUGGAGGUUCCUCCCUUGGCUAUGGGGGUCUGAAUGGCUAUGGGGGCUCCUCCCUUGGCUAUGGGGACUCAUCCCUGGGCUAUGGGAGCUCCUCCCUGGGUUACAGGGGUCUGUAUGGCUAUGGUAGAUCUUACAGUUCUGGCUCUUGCAGCCCUUACUCCUACCGGUAUAGCAGGUACAGACGUGGCAGCUGUGGACCCUUCUAA